AUGGCUAGUGGCUCCCACGGGGUCAUCAAGACCAUGUCAAAACAUGCCCCUGUCGAUAACCCCGCGGUUGAAACGGCAAAAGCAACCCCUGUUGUCAGCGCUGUCCUUCAUCGCUCAUUGAAGAAAGCACCGCCACAAGUCGUCUCGGCAAAUGGCAAAUACUUGACUUUUGCCGAUGGCCGAACUAUCCUUGACACAACAUGCGGUGCAGCCGUUGCAUGCAUAGGCUCGAACAAUGAACGAGUAAAGCGAGCGAUGGUCGAGCAAAUCGACAAGUUUUCUUACUGCAAUUCCAUGUUCUUUGGUCAUGAGGUUGGAGAGCAGUUGGCGACCAUGUUGAUUCAGGGCACUGGGGGCGCCAUGUCGAAAGCCUACUUCAUGUGUUCUGGAUCCGAAGCCAUGGAGUCUGCCAUGAAACUGGCACGGCAGUACUACAUGGAACUAUCUCCUCAACAGCCCAAACGCGUCAACUUCAUUGCCAGGGAAGGCUCAUAUCACGGUACGACACUGGGUUCGCUUUCGAUGAGCGGCCACGUAGCUAGGCGAAGCCUCUUCUUGGAUCUUUUGCUACCAAACAUCGCUAGAGUCUCGGCUUGUAACGCAUACCGUGGAAUGACGGAGGGUCAGACCACCGAGGAGUACGUUGCGCAACUAGCGGAUGAGUUGGACCGCAAAUUUCAAGAGUUGGGACCCGACACAGUGUGCGCAUUUGUUGCUGAGCCAGUCGUUGGCGCUGCUUUGGGAUGUGUCCCAGCUGUUCCUGGGUACUUCAAAGCCAUGAAAACGGUUUGCGACAAAUACGGCGCUCUUCUCAUCUUAGAUGAGGUAAUGUCUGGCAUGGGUCGCUCGGGCACGUUGCAUGCAUGGCAGCAUGAAGAUGUUAUUCCAGAUAUACAGACCAUCGCGAAAGGACUUGGAGGCGGUUACGCGCCAAUGGCUGGCAUGUUGAUCAACCACCGCGUAGCAAAGGUUCUCGGGGAUGGCACCGGAACUUUCUCUCAUGGGCACACCUAUCAAGGCCACCCAGUUGGGUGUGCUGCAGCACUAGAAGUGCAGCGCAUCAUCCAAGAAGAGGAACUCGUUUCAAAUGUUCGAAAGCAGGGAGCUUUGCUUGAAAAGCUUUUGCGCGAGCAUUUGGGUGACCAUCCCUAUGUCGGCAACAUCAGAGGAAAGGGCCUCUUCUGGGGAAUUGAGUUUGUUUGUGACAAAAGAACCAAGGAGCCAUUCCCACGGUCAGCAGAUGUUGCCAAUAGAAUCUAUCUCAUGGGAUUCAAUGAGUUCGGAAUAAGUCUCUAUCCCGGAACUGGGACAAAAGACGGAGUUCUAGGCGAUCACGUUCUUCUUGCGCCUGCAUACACAAGCACUAGCGAAGAGAUUGAAUACAUUGCUGCAAGAACUAAAGAUACCGUCUAUCGAGCUUUUGACGAGCUCAGCGCUAGCACUGCUGGUUUGGAAAACUGCUUUGUUUCACAGUAG